AAUCGCCUUAGCGCUGCUCUCGGUGUCAGCCAAUAGUCGCGCGGUGAAGUGGGGUGGGGGCGGAGCCUGCCCUCAACGCGGAAGUGGCGGCGGCCAUGGCGGCGGCGGAGGAGCCGUCGGCCCCGCUCACCGGCGUGGGCUGGGCCGCGACGCCCGAGGCGGCCCCCGCAGGGUGGAGCGUGCUCACCACCAGCGUGGAGGGCGCCGCGGCCAACCUGGGCAGGGGCUUCGGCCACAAGGGCGGCGGGUACCUGUGCGUGAGCACCGGAGGGCAGGCAACAGCCGGCCCCGUGGUGACCGACGUGCAGGUGCUGAGCGAGCGGAGCCCGCAGCCCAGCGGUUACACCCGCGUUCCCGAGUUCCCGGAGCCUCGUGCCGGGGUGUCCCGCAAGAAGCGGGUGUACGUGAGGCUGCAGCCGCUCAGCGCCGCCGACACAGCUGUGUUUGACAUCAAGCUGAGCAGCAAGAGCAAAGCCAUCCCACACUACAUGAAGAUCGGAGAACUGGGUGGCUUUGCUGUCUGGUGUAAAAAAGGGCCGGUGCCGAAAUCCAACCUCGCCCCGGUCCCCAGCCCCAGGACCGUCAGCCUGGGGCUGAAGCAGCUCUCGCUGCAGCCGGCUGCGGACUCGGAGCAGAAGUCACCAGAGAGACCCUUGGCUCGGUGUGGCACCAAACGAGCUUCCUUCACACUACACAACUCGGUGGAUGACGCCUCCAGCAUCUACAACCUCUCAGCUAUGGACGGGGUACCUUUCACACUACAUCCCAAAUUUGAAAGCACCCUCAGCUUUGGCAGUAACGCUGUUCUUGCAGAGCUGAAUGUUAAGUCACUUGCUGACAUUGAGAAAGAGUACAAUUAUGCUUUUGUAGUCGAAAGGACAGCUGCUGCCAGACUCCCACCCAGCAUUUGCUAGCACCGGGGUCUACCAGUCCCGUGAGGACGUCAAGUGCCUACAACCAUCCAAGCUGGUCUCAGCUCCUCUCUCUUUUUCUCUCAGAUUAAAGUUCAGGGUACCUGCAGAAACCUAAUCGAUCUCCAAUUACAGCAAUUGCUGAGGAAGAAAAAUAAAUGCGUUUCUCUUCUCAACUGCCAAAA